UUCCUUAAAAAAAAAAAAAAAACAAAAUCGGAGAAAAGGAAAACAGUGGCGUAGAAAAUGUUGUCGAACGAAUCGGGAGGACCGGGACCGAACACGACUUUCGAUCUUCCCGAGGAAGUUUUGGCAGUUUUGCCGUCGGAUCCAUUCGAGCAACUGGAUGUUGCGCGUAAGAUCACCUCCAUCGCCCUGUCCACGCGCGUCUCCUCCCUGGAGGUGGAGUUGGCCACCCUCCGCCGCGAGGUCGCUGACAGAGACGCCGCCAUUUCCGACCUCCAGUCGCAGCUCGACUCCAUUGACGCCUCCUUCUCCGAUGCUUCCGAUAAGCUUGCCCAAACUGAGCGAGAAAAGGAGAGCUUGGUGAAAGAGAACGCCGCGCUGUCCGCCACAGUGAGGAAGCUGAAUCGCGAUGUUGCUAAGUUGGAAGCCUUCAGAAAGACACUUAUGCGGUCACUUCAAGAGGAAGAAGAUAACCCUGCGGGAGCUGCUGAGGGCAUUGCUGCACGUGGACCAGGCCAAAUAGAAGGUGAUGGUACCUUGCCGCCUACAAAACCUCCUUUACGGAGCCAAUCGUCUGAUAGUGGAAACAAUAAUACAGAGGAUUCUGAUACUGAAGCUUUGAGGCCCCGCAUAGCACAAGGCCUGUUGUUAGCAUCCCAGACUAGCACCCCUCGGCUUACUCCUCCCGGUUCCCCUCCAAGCUUGUCAGCAUCUGUUUCUCCAACACGAUCACCAAAACCGAUUUCUCCCCCUAGGAGACAUUCGAUUUCAUUUGCAACCACGAGGGGCAUGUUUGAUGAUAGGUCUUCUUUAUUUUCAUCAAUGCCUAGCCAGCACAGUUCAAUGUCAAGCUUAGAUGCAGGAUCACAAUCUGCGCGAACUCGAGUUGAUGGAAAAGAAUUCUUCCGCCAAGUCAGGAGCCGGUUGUCGUAUGAGCAGUUUGGUGCCUUUCUAUCAAAUGUGAAGGAGUUGAAUUCCCACAAACAAACAAAAGAGGAUUGUUUGCGAAAGGCGGAUGAGAUUUUUGGUCCAGACAACAAGGAUUUAUACACCAUUUUUGAAGGGCUGAUCACCCGCAAUGUUCACUAAAAUGACUAAACCACACCAUUUUAGAAGGUUUUCCCACGGCCUGACCUUGCUGUAAAGUGGCUGGGAGGAUCUCUAGAGCGAAUGUACAUGGAAUUUCUGAUUAAACUGUUUGUUUGUAAAGUAACACGUUACAUGUGUUGUACGGAGUAUUAUUUUUUGCAAAUGACUCGCCAACUUUCAACAUGACCUUUGAAAGGAACUUGCUUUAAUGGGAUUUCUUUAUUCUUCUCA